AUGUCCAGAGAGACAAGGAGUAGUACCUCAGAGCCAGUGCCUUUCCUGGAAGAAUGGAAGGCCCGACGUGAGAGAAUGAGGCUACGUUCCUCUUCUUCUAGCAUCUCGGUGAAUAGGUCAAUAGACAGCAGCCAGUCUCACCAAGAGGGGGAUCCCCAGGCACGCAAUAAUACCUUGCUUGACAAGCAAGAAAAGAGCCGAGAUCUUGCUGGGGGAAGGUCAACAGAAACCACCACAAAACUACAGUUUCAUGGUGAAGCAGAGCCUGACACAAGUGAAUCAUCAGCCUUAAAAACCAAAGAAAAGAAAGGCAGUACUCAGAAAAAACACCGGACUCAGAUUGAGAAGAGGAAACUAAGAGAAAAACGAAGACCAACAGGGGUAGCCAAUAUAUCGCCCUUAGAGGUGAGUUGAAUCAUAUUUUAGAGUUCAUGGAUUGAAGUUAUAUUAAAAUAUUUUGGCUAUGGUAGCAUAGUUGGGUUGGAAAAAUUGUUGAGAAUUGUUGGACCAUUUUCCCAAGUCAUCUGUUUUGGCCUACAUUUUUCUAUUUGCCAACAAUGUCAUUUUAAUUUUGUAAUGUUUUACAAAGCAAAACAAAGAGAAGAGGAUACAUAUCAGAUUGCUUCCUGAUUUUUGUUUACAUUAAGGAUUUUAAGCCGUCAUUGAGGGAGAUUCUCUUUAAUAUGUUUUAUAAUUAGUUUUAAUAAACAAAGGCCCUCUUCUGUCCAUAGGAUCCAGAUGAGAAUCAAGAUCAUGCUGAUACGAAAGAAGGAAACAGAGAAAAAGACACCACCCCCGAUCAGGUAAGAAGAUACAUGACCACAAGUGAUAAGAACCUAUUAAGUCUUUCUAUUUUCUAAUAUUUUUAAACAUUUACAGACUUCUGCAAGAGAGUAGCAUGCACAAGUACAGCUAUAGAUAUCUGAGCCUUCCUACCCUGGGUUUAAUAACGUUACCCCUCUGAUAGGAAUCUGUGUGCAUUGCAAUCAUCGUAUACCGCCAAAUGGCCAAACCCCAGAAUUGGUCAAAUAGUGGGUUUUUUUACUGAAAAAUCCUAAAAUAUACUUUAUGCCCUUCAAGCAGCCUUUAAUGUCUCUACGAUGAUUGGUUACCCCUCACCACGUGUUACUGCCGUCAUUCUCUCAUAUAUGUGUAAUUAUGUUUAGUAUCUUAUUUUAUUUAGAUGUUAUCUGUUAUUUUGUAGGAUCAAAGAACAACCCAAGUCACUUGCCCAAACAGGUAGGAAAUGUCCAUCAGUCAAGAAUUAAUUCACUGCCAUCCUACAAAUUUAUUUCCAGUGUUUUAUUCAAUUGUCUCCUAACUAUAGAUAAUGAUGUGUAAUAUUUAGUAGAUUUGUGAUGUAUUUAGGUUUUUGGGUUUGUUGUACAGAACACAUGUUAACUUUUGGGCAGGAUUGUCCAGGGUCAGCAACUGCAUCAUUUGUUGGGGUACUGGAUUUGCGGAACACAGAAGGAAUUCACUGAGAAUUGAUGAACUGUGCAUGCACAUGGCUACUUAUGGUCAAUACCUUCCUGUGUGCACUAUACAGCAAGGAGCACCUACCCAGUGAUCGACCCAUGUGCAAUGCUGGUGAUCUGGAAUCAUAAUAAAUGCCAGCACUGGUGCACAGGUAUUCCACACUGACAUGGACUCUUUUUGCCCCUCAUUGCCAAUUGCUGCAGCAUGUGACGUGGAGAAUAAUGUUCCAAAAGCCAAGUGGUUGGCAAUAAAAUUACUGAGGAUUUAUAACACAUUCAUCUAAGCAGAUCAACGUAUAGAACCCGUAGGAACCUUAAUCUAACGCUUUAUUUGUAUUUUCUCAAAAAUAUAUCCAGUAUCAACAGAUAAUCCUUAGUACUCGUAAAUUAAAAAUACUAAUAAGAGCAGCCCUCAGUUAUCUUUAUUAGUACAAUAUAUCCAUAGAACAUACACAAAAUUAUCUUCUAAAAAACACCAAAUAAUAGACACACAUCAAUGUAAAUGAUCUCGACUGCAAUAAAGAAGCAAAGUAUCAAUUAAACCCACAUAGAUCCUACGUUUUACCUGUAAGUAUGCAGAGAUAAUGGAGACCAUAGACCCAACAUUUUGGCGUUAUUCCUUUUUUCAAUGGGAUCUAGAACUUGGACUGUGUUGAUAAAGGGGAUAACCCGAAGCGUUUGUACCUUAUGUCCUUAAAAAUAAAUCUUUUUGUAGCACUUGGUGUGCCCAUUUGCAAUUGCUUGCGCUGCCCUCCUUUUUUCUAUUUUUGUGGAUUACUUUACUCUGCUUGGAGCUGCAGAGGGUGGUGUCAGCAGAACGAUAGGAAAAGUUUGUACUUUGAUUUUCUCUGGGGACUGCAGUAACCCUUACCUCAGCUAUAUACUGGUCAGAACUUGGACUGAUGGAGAAUAAACAAACCGUCAUACUUUGCAAAGCGUGGUUCUCCAUGAUAGGACUACUAAUUCACAGCAGCCCUGGUCCCAAAUAAAGUCUCUCUUCACUCUCAAAACUCUAGAUCUUUGUUUUAGAUUUUCUUUCUUAACUUUGGAUCAAGGAAAUAAUAAUGGCAAAGUUGUAAUAGUUUCACAUAACAUUUAUCAUCAGAGAUAACUUGGCAAGGUUCUGACCUGUAAGAAUUGACAAAGACUCUUUUGGGUGGAAAUAUUGCCAGUCCUCUCUUGUGAUGGGGGAAUGCACAUGAUGUGAAAUGUUUCAUGGUGUCUGUUUGGGGAGAUAAACCGUAAUACAGGUAUUCACCAUUGUGAGUCAGUUGUGGAGGAGUCAUCAAUGGUCUAUUGAGUAAUAAUAGAAUUACAGCAAUUUGUGUCAAUUUGUUUCUGGGGUAGACCUAUAAAAUUAUAAUCUGACAUUUUUAAGUGAAUAAAAAGCUAUUUGGUCAAAAAAUGGGAAACAUACACAGGGGACUGGAAGGUAGGGACAGGGAAAAAUACCCUGCCUCUCUCCCUUCCCCUGGGUAAAUAUGGUCACCUAAACUGGGUAAUAGGGGAUAACCCAAGAAAUAGUAAAUUAUAGAAAAAACUUUCAAAAAAAGCUGCCUUACUAGAAUGCAGCCAAUAAGAAAGGAACCCAGUCCAAUCUCAAAAGAAAGUAUAAAUAGUACCAAAAAAUAAUAAAACUUUAUUAGAAUAUAAUAAAAAAAAACAAAAAACCAAAGACUACAAAAGAUGUCAAAGGUCUAUUACUAGAAAAGGUAUAGUAUAUAGAUAAACCUCAUUAGUUGCCAGAAAAAAGAGGCAGUGAACUAAACUGGUAUUAAGUAUACCUUAGGAAAUAGCAGCAUAGAAGACCUAAAUAGGAAAGUGAGGAUACAUAUGUGGUAUAUGGUAUAUGGAGACCCAAAAGGAAGGGGUAAGGAAAAUGCCCCAAUUGUAACAUAAAGGGAACCAGUAAAAUACCAAUACCCAAAAUCAAAACGCCCCCCUUCCUAAGUCAAAAAGACAAAUCCUACUAUUGAACAAUCAUUCUAAGCUAAUCGCUAUCUCCUAAAUAACACCUUCGUGGGUGUUCUGAUCUAAUAACUAAACCUAGACAUCUGUAGUCGAAAUAGUAUUGUGCCCAGUGCUCAUAAUACCCCUGCAAUACCCCUGAGGACGGCGUGUAGUUCGCUGAAACGCGUGUUGGGUUUCUUCUGUUUUGCACUUAUGAGCACUGGGCACAAUACUAUUUCGACUACAGAUGUCUAGGUUUAGUUAUUAGAUCAGAACACCCACGAAGGUGUUAUUUAGGAGAUAGCGAUUAGCUUAGAAUGAUUGUUCAAUAGUAGGAUUUGUCUUUUUGACUUAGGAAGGGGGGCGUUUUGAUUUUGGGUAUUGGUAUUUUACUGGUUCCCUUUAUGUUACAAUUGGGGCAUUUUCCUUACCCCUUCCUUUUGGGUCUCCAUAUACCAUAUACCACAUAUGUAUCCUCACUUUCCUAUUUAGGUCUUCUAUGCUGCUAUUUCCUAAGGUAUACUUAAUACCAGUUUAGUUCACUGCCUCUUUUUUCUGGCAACUAAUGAGGUUUAUCUAUAUACUAUACCUUUUCUAGUAAUAGACCUUUGACAUCUUUUGUAGUCUUUGGGUUUUUUUUUUUUUAUUAUAUUCUAAUAAAGUUUUAUUAUUUUUUGGUACUAUUUAUACUUUCUUUUGAGAUUGGACUGGGUUCCUUUCUUAUUGGCUGCAUUCUAGUAAGGCAGCUUUUUUUGAAAGUUUUUUCUAUAAAAAGCUAUUUGGCUUUCUUUUUUUUACAAAAAAAAAAUGAAAAACCUUCUUUUAAAAAUAUUUAGUUUUUUGAAUACUAUAAAAUAUCUUUAGGUUUUAUUUGCAAUGCCAAUUAUUCACAUGACAAUACAAUCUAAAGAAAAAAUUACUUUCGAGAAAAUGUUUCCAAGUUUGACCAUUUUUGCUUAGAAUUUGCAGCUUCCUUUUCAAUGAUCCACAGUUCUCGGUUUAGUGUAUGAAGCUCUUACUGUAUGAUGCUAGCUUGGUUUUUUUUUAUUUGACUGAGAACUGCUGAUAUCCUCUUACUCAACUGAUGAAACAUUUACCUGGGCAGUACAAAUGGUAAUAGUGUCGCCCCCCUGACAAUACCACAGUUAUUUCACCUGGCAAUGCUUUGGCCAAUAACUUGUGACACAGCUUAUCUUGUAGGACAGAUACAGCCAUCAACGUUCCAUCACAGGAAGAGAGAGAGAGCGCCAACAUGUCAAGACAGAGCUGGAUGGAGGAGUUGCAGAAGGUAUGGAUUUUAGUAAAAAUUCAGGGUUGUUUUGGUGUUUUGCUCCAACAUGUGUGUGAUUGUAGAGAUGUAUUUGAAUAGUGGCUUAGUGACUAAGUCCACUUGCAAUGCUGGUGUUCUGUUUCCAUUAACAGGCAGUCAUUGUAAAGAGACAAGACAACCACAAAUUGAAUGCUGAAUUGAGUGACAAAGAUGGAGCCCUGCAGUUGCUUCAAAAGGAAAUGAAGACUGUGACGCAAGUAAGACAGCAAUGGACGGAGGGUAGAUUGUGGGUAACUACAAUGGCAAUACCAGGUCUUGUAUUUGGAAAACUGGUUGUUUCCUUAAAUGGAGUUUCAAGUUUGAAUGUGUUUCCAAACUAG